CCGCCCCCAACCCACCCCGUUGCCAACCCUACAUGCUGCCCGGUGCACCGGCGUCUCUAUCGUUUUCCGCCCGCGGCUGGCUCCUAUCUUUUUGACUUGUUUUGAGUUUUGACGACCCCACGGGGCCGACCUGCACACUUUGGACGGUAGGCGCUCAUCCCCUUCACUUUGCUCCUCCACCAUUUAUUUACUUGUUCAUUUGCUAAUUAAGGACUCUUCUUUAAUUUUGUCGCCUUUGAUCUCGUCGGCGAUGCUGGUGCCAUUGGAAGCUAGGAUCGAUCAUAUGUCAUAGCAGGCUGCAGCUAGAUCUCCCACAGUAGUAGUGGUCGUGUGGUGUGAUUGAUCUUGCACGAGCAUCACCAGCCAGGCUGUACUGCAUCAAUCAUAUAUCGAUCGCUGAUUGCAGAUUGGCCUUGUGUGUCGACAGCUGUUGUUUUCUUUGUACACAGAGAGGGAGAGAGGCGGCGGCUAGGCAUGCCGAUUGGAGCAAUUUCGACGGUUGGGCCGGCGAUUUCGCCGGGCAUCAAGAUCGCCGAAAUCGCGGAAUCCUUUGUGGCGAGGAAGUACAGACGCUUGAGAGAUUACAGAAAGGACGUUGCACAGCUGGUGGGUGAAGUGGGGAAGAUCGCAGUGGCCGUGGACACGGUGGAGGAACAGGAACAGUUCAUGAGCGACCGUCGGAUCGUGGGGCAACUGAGUGAGCUGAUGGACGCCAUCCACGAGGCUGAGGACAUCUUGGACGCCGUCGACUACAGAGACAGUAUCUGGGCGAGGAAGCACAAGGUCAGGCAGGUUAUCCAUUCUAUAGUUGAACAAGCUAAGCGGAUAGUCGGAAUAGACGGCGCGUUGAACCGGCUGGACAAGUCGAUGAAUGACCUGCCACGGAUGCAGCAGAACCAGCGGGAUCUUGUCCAGCUGUCAAAUUUCCGGUCAUCACAAGGAGGAGGAGAUGGGGGUGCGUCCGCGUCGAGGCCAAGAUCGGCCACGGGCCUAUUGCCGGACGGCAAACUCUACGGUUACAAGGAGGAGUACGAUCGGCUGGUGUCGGCCUUGCUGUACGAUCCUCCCCGGCGGCCUGGUGGCAAUGGCAAUGGCGGCGGUCAAGUCGUGGCGGUCGUCGGCGACGGCGGCGUUGGCAAGACUGCGCUUGCUCAGCACGCGCUGAGGCACGUGGACGUUCAAGCAAGGUUUGAUCAUGUGAUCUGGGCGAGCGUCCCACACAAGUACAGGAACAAGGACCUCUUGGCUGAGAUCUGGAUGUCCGGACCGGGUGCUACUGCUACUGCGGCUACACACAGGUGCGCCGACCAGAUGAGCUUUGGUGCCCUUCAGGCGGAGUUCGUCAGGCUGGUGUCUCUGUCAUCCCAGAGGUACCUGCUCGUCCUCGACGAUGUCUGCAACGAUGAGUCGGACGACGACGAUCAUCAGCGGAGCAGGAAGGAAUGGGAGGAUGUCCUUGCCCCCUUCAAACAAGGGGAACGAGGGAACACAUGAUUUCUUUUACCUUGGAUAUCCGUGCGGAUGCUGUCCAUCUGCUGCAUGAAGAUUUCCUGCAUCCGGAUCACAUAAAGGCAAUCGGUUCAAUCAGAAUCGAGCACUACACAUGGUCGACUGAGCCAAACCUCAACCUCCUUGCUUCUGUUAGGAGCCUGUCGUUAACCCGAUGUCCUGUGACAGACAGGAGUUUGAGCAUGUGCCUGCAUAAACUGCAGUCCCUCGAGAGACUAGAGAUAUCUGAUUGCCCUGAACUUCAUGACUUCCCCGAUGAUGCCAUGCCUAUGAUGGCAUCCUUGAAAUCCCUCGAGUUUAACGGAUGCCAUCCUCUUCUUAUGAAGAAGCUACAAGGCAGGACUGGCGCUGCCUGGGAAAGGAUUCGCUCCAUCCAGCGACUAGAAAUCGUUUAAACUCAAGGUGGGAAUGGUCUUAAGCAAGUGGUACUAGGUAUCAAGGGGAAAGGCAAGACCAACAGCAUAGCGCAAGUGUCACUGCUCGGUGGUCAUCACGCUUAACGACCUCUGCUGAAUUUGGUUCUACGGGACUUGUUAGAUGGGGAAAAAUAUAAAGUGCAAACCACAUAUACAGUGACAACUUAGAAACUAAUAUUAGCAUAAAAAUGAAUGUAUGAGAUUUAUCCAUGUCACCUAGAGUGGCAGUAAAAAAAAUUUCAUGAAUAACUCUCAGAUUUAACCAUGGGUUAAAAAUUUUAUUCGAGAUGACGUGGACGAAUAUCAAAUGUCUAUUUUUUUUUUAUCCUACGGUGAUUUUGUAACAUUUAUUUUUCGUGUUUUAUGCCAUGCUUAUGCAUUCCAUGUUGUAAAAACCUGGCAUGUUGGUACAAUAUUGAACACUGAAGAAAUAUGUAUAUGCAUUCCCAUGAAA